UUGGGCAUUGCAUGAUUGGUUUUGAGUCAUUGUAUGACUAGUUUGUAGGGCAUUACAUUAUCGGUUUUUAGACAUUACGUGACGAGUUUUAGGGCAUUGCAUGAUUGGUUUCUAGGCAUUGCUUGGAUAUUAAUGUUUUUUUGUUUUUGGCUAAAUUUUAAUGCUUAUAUUAUGUAUCUGUUUUGUUAUUUAAUAAGCCAUGGUUCACACGCACUUUAUUUAUUUUCUUUUAGGUAUGCAAAGAUAGUAGAAACUAAUUCUUGUUUUUUAAUUUUCCUCAAUCAUAGAUGGCAGGAACAAAGCAUGAAAACCUUGAAGCUUUGCUUCAUGUUCUGAGGGACAAGUGGGGCUUCAACGCUAGCAUUAACAUCCAUUGUAAAUGGACACAGCUGCAUGUCAUACACGAUGCACUAUGGAAAAAAAAAAGAGUUGGAGGCAGUAAAGAGAAUGUGCUUUGGGAAGCUGAUGGAUGUAAAAUUAGAAAAGAGCUUAUUCUAUGCCAAUCUCAUGCACAUCUUAUUGCUGCAUAAAAUCGAUGAACUUGGUGUGAUCGAAGGUGAGUUAUGGUUUGCCAUAGGCAAUACGAAGGUGCAUUUCUUCAAGUGUGAGUUCUACCAGGUGACAGGACUAAACUUUGGCCCCAUGCCGGAUGUUAUCUUACGUCCUUACAGGCCAUCCCUAGAGGAAUUCACUAGAGAUACUAGGGAGCCAAGAAUUAGGUAAAGCUCUAAGAUGUAUUAGAUAAGGUUGAGAAAGAUCAGUUUGAUCAAGACGGAAAUGCAAUAAAGAUGGCCCUAUUCUUGAUUGUGAAUAAUAUUUUGUUUGGACAAUACUAUAGAAGAUUGGUGAUUUUGUGGCUAUUGUCGCUAGUCAAGAAUAUCAAUGAAUGGAAUGUGUUCACAUGGGGUACCUAUGUGUGGAGUCUGACUACAUAUCGAGAGGUUUCCAAGUUCCCUCAGUGGAGACAUCUUAGAAGAAACGUUACCAUUUAUACGGAUUUAUAUAGGCGCUACAGUUCUGGGCGUCGGAGGGCAUUCUUGCUAUCCAAAGAUAAUUUGGAUCUCAUUGUGAGUCUAAAGACGCUUAUCCACGAAUUCUUAGAUGGAAUUGCAAGGAGAAGCCCACAAGCUCCCACAAGAUCAUUACAGAUUCAAAAAGUGAAGACAAGUUUUGGGCGUCGGAGGCCAUUCUUGCUAUCCAAAGCUACUUUGGAUCCCAAUGCUAGUUUGUAGACACUUAUCCAUGAAUGCUUAGAUGGAAUUGCAAGAAGAGGCCCAUAGGUUUCCACAAGAUCAUUGCAAAUUUGGAGAGUGAAGACAAAGUGAGGAGCGAAAUGAUACUAUUUUUAUUUUUUAUAUUAAGUGAUUAUAAUAUUUAUAAUUGACUUGAAGUUCUAAUUUAUAAUUGAUUAUAAUAUUUAUACUA